CCAAGGUCGUGGUCAAAUACGUUUCUUGGUCGUGGUUUUUGGGCUGGUUUUGAGACGGGAUUCCGCAUCCGCGAGAACACGGUCUACGAUCUGGCAACUCUCGAGGCAGCACUUGGCCUCCGCCCUCCCGCCGGCACCGGAGCUCAGUGUGCCCGAGUGUGUGUGGUUUGCUGGUUAGUGGUUGUGUUGCUCCUGUCUCCGUAUCCUUAUAACUACGUCUUCAAUAUAACAAUGGGGGACACAGCAGAAGCCAGGGUGCUGUCGGGGAAGGAGGUGGCCCAGGAUGUGCGCAAUGGCCUCAAGGAGAAGGUGAAGCAACUUAAGGCAGAGAACCCAGACUUUGUUCCUGGAUUAGCCAUUGUUCAGGUGGGGGGCCGAGAGGACAGCAAUGUUUACAUCCGCAUGAAGGUGAAGGCAGCGGAGGAGAUUGGGAUUAAGGCACAGCAUAUCAAGUUUCCCAGGACCAUCACACAGACUCAGCUGGUGCAUGAGAUCAAGAAACUGAAUGCCGACCCCACAGUUCACGGCAUGAUUGUGCAGAUGCCCCUGGACUGUGAGGAGAAGAUAGACUCCGAUUUGGUGCUGGAUACCGUGUCUGCUGAUAAGGAUGUGGAUGGACUUACCACCACCAGCGCAGGCAGACUCUCCCACGGCAUGCUUGAUACUGGCUUCCUCCCAUGCACUCCCAAUGGCUGCAUGGAGCUCAUUCGAAGGUCAGGAGCGAAGAUCAGCGGGGCUAAGGCUGUUGUGAUUGGCCGCAGCAAGAUCGUGGGCACACCAAUGGCUGAACUGCUUAAGUGGAACCAUGCCACAGUCACCACUUGCCACUCUCGCACAGCUGACUUGGCCGAGACUGCCAGGAGUGCAGACAUCCUGGUGGUGGGCAUUGGCAGUCCAGAGUUUGUCAAGGGGUCCUGGGUGAAGCCGGGAGCUGUGGUUAUCGACUGUGGCAUUAACUCCAUCCCUGAUGCCAGCAGGAAGUCUGGGUCACGGCUGGUGGGGGACGUUGAGUACGAGGCGGCCUCCAAGCUGGCGUCGGUCAUCACGCCAGUGCCGGGAGGUGUGGGGCCCAUGACGGUGGCCAUGCUGAUGAACAACACGGUCAUCGCAGCACAGAAGGCGGUGGCUCAGAGGAGUGUGGCACAGUGGCCCAUCUCAUACCUGCCCCUGCACCCUCUAGACAAAGUGCCAAGUGACAUUGAGAUAGCACAGUCACAAACACCCAAGGACAUCGCAGAGCUGGCAGCUGAAAUUGGUGUGCUAGACUCAGAGAUUGACCUUUAUGGAAACAAGAAGGCCAAGGUCAAACUUUCCAUUCUGGAUCGUCUUGGGUCACGGAAGAAUGGAAAAUAUGUGGUCGUGGCUGGCAUCACCCCUACACCACUGGGGGAAGGCAAGAGCACCACCACCAUUGGCUUAGCUCAGGCUAUUGGCGCCCACCUUAAGAAAAAUGUGUUUGCCUGUGUCCGCCAACCAUCGCAGGGCCCCACCUUCGGCAUCAAGGGGGGAGCAGCAGGGGGUGGGUACUCACAGGUGAUUCCCAUGGAGGAGUUCAAUCUGCACCUGACGGGCGACAUCCACGCAAUCACGGCUGCCAACAACCUGCUGGCGGCCCAGAUUGACGCGCGCAUGUUCCACGAAUCCACUCAGAGUGACCAGGCGCUCUACAAUAGGCUGGUGCCAAAAUUGAAGGGACAGCGCAGGUUCUCACCCAUUCAACUGACCAGACUCAAGAAGCUGGGCAUUGUGGAGACUGACCCAGACAAACUGACCCCAGAGGAGGUGACCAAAUUUGUACGGCUCAACAUUGACCCGGCCACCAUCACCUGGCAGCGGGUAAUCGACACCAACGACCGGUUCCUGCGCAAGAUCACAGUUGGCCAGAGUCCCACAGAGAAGGACAAGACCAGGGAGUGCCAGUUUGACAUCUCAGUGGCCAGCGAGCUCAUGGCCAUCCUCGCCCUCACCACCUCUCUCACUGACAUGCGGGAGAGACUCGGCCGUAUUGUGGUGGCCUCGGACACUGCCGGGAACCCUAUCACUGCUGAUGAUCUGGGAGCCAGUGGGGCCCUUGCAGUGCUCAUGAAGGACGCCAUCAACCCCAACCUGAUGCAGACACUGGAGGGCACCCCGGUCUUUGUGCACGCUGGGCCCUUCGCCAACAUUGCCCAUGGGAACUCGUCAAUUCUGGCCGACCGUAUUGCUCUCAAGCUGGUGGGGGAGGAGGGCAUGGUGGUGACAGAGGCAGGGUUUGGCGCGGACAUUGGCUUGGAAAAAUUCUUCAAUAUUAAGUGCCGCUACUCUGGGCUGGUGCCAAAUGCUGUGACCCUCGUGGCCACCGUCCGGGCACUCAAGAUGCACGGGGGAGGGCCGACCGUCACCCCAGGAGUGCCACUUCCCCCAGAAUACACCAAUGAGAACCUAGAGCUGGUGGAGGCUGGAUUUAGCAACCUGAAGAAGCAAAUAGAAAAUGGACUUGUAUUUGGGGUUCCUGUUGUUGUGGCCAUCAAUACAUUUGUCACUGACACCCCUGCAGAGCUGUCCCUGAUCCAGCGUCUGGCAAAGGGGGCAGGGGCCUCCGAUGCCAUUAUCUGUAGCCACUGGGCCAAGGGGGGUGCCGGGGCAGUGGAGCUGGCGGAGGCUGUGUUCAGGGCUACCAACCAGCCAUCGAAGUUCAGCUUCCUGUACGACCUUGAGAAACCGGUGGAGGAGAAGAUCCGCACCAUUGCCAAGCGGAUCUAUGGGGCAGAUGAUGUGGACAUCCUCCCCAAGGCACAGGAGCAGAUCGACCGCUACAAGAAGCAGGGCUUCAACAACCUUCCAAUCUGUAUGGCCAAGACCCAACUCUCCCUGACUGCCGACCCUAAGAGGAAGGGCGCCCCCACAGGCUUCAAGAUCCCUAUACAAGAUGUGAGGGCUUCCAUUGGUGCCGGCUUCCUGUUCCCCCUUGCUGAUACGAUGACCACAAUGCCUGGCCUGCCCACCCGACCCUGCAUCUACGACAUUGACCUUGACCUGGAGACUAUGGAGGUCAAAGGACUCUUCUAAACCACCAGAGAGAGAGAGAGAGAGAGAGAGAGAAAGAGGGGGGACCAGCUUGUUUAUUGAUAAGUGUUUUUCCACGUCACUUCAUUAUCUGCCUGGCUAGUUGAAAGCUCCUUUGAUGCUUGUGUUGGUUGAAAUUUGUUUUAGUUUUGUUGUUGUUCUUGCAUGUAGGGAGUGUGGUGAGGUGUUGAGGAGUGUCAGCAGUGAAAUGGAGUGGCGUGGGAAGGAAUGAGAGAAGAAAGUCGUACAUUCUUGCCCAAAUUGUUGUACUGGUAGAUUGGGGUUUGUGAAUUUGGCACAUUGAUAAAGAAAAUACUAAAGAAUGAAAAUUUGGGAACUUUCAUGAAUAAAAUACUAAAAAUGAUAAUAAAUGUGGGUGCUUUAAAAAAUAAGAAUACAUUUGGGUAAAUUCAUAAAUACAAUACUAAAAAUAGGAAUGAAUUUUGGUGCCUUCAUAGAUAAUAAAUUUAGGUAUUUUAGAAAAUAAAAUAGGAAAAAAAUUAUAAAAUAAUUAUGUAGUUGGUAUGAAAAGCAAAUGGAUUAAUUGAAAUUUCAUUAAUUUUGAGGUAUAUUUUUGAGAUUUGGCAUCUUUAAUGUAAAUUAUUCAUAAUUUAUCUUAAAGGACAAGAUAAGUCAAUUUACAUUUUUUUUUUUUUUUCACAAGUUAUAAGAAAGGGCAAGAUAAUUCUGUUUGCAACAUUAUUAUUAUUUUUUUUUUUUUCCAUAUUUAUUUAUUUAUUAUUAUUAUUAUUUUUUAAGUGAAGUGGUCAUUAGGUAAGAGUGACUUGUGUUGCAUUAUCUGUAGGGGUGCAAUGACAGAUGAAAAAAACAUUAGAAGAAUCAGUUGCCAUACAUUUUUGCUCAAAGUGUCAUACUAGAAAGAUCUGUUGCCAUAACAUUUUUUGCUCAAAGUGUCGUACAAAUUGCUUACCAUACUUGCACAUGUGAUGCACUGCCACUUAGCCUGCUGUGCUAAAUCUAUACAUAGUUCUUUUGACUAAAGUAUAUAUAUUUUGGUAACUCGUGUACUGUAAUAACUUAAGUAGACUGUAAAGAAAUUGUUCUUCCAUUAACAUCAAACUCAGUAUUUCAGUAAUGCUAGUAUUUCAGUAGUUAUUUUGUUAUCCUACAUUUCAGUAGUUUUGUUAUUCAGCAUUUCAGUAGUUAUUUUGUUAUGCAGCAUUUGUAUUUCAGUAGUUAUUUCAGCAUUUCAUUAGUUAUGCUGUUGUUCUGCCUGACUGGCGCGAAGGUUGCGGCAGCGCUGAGGCAGAUGAGGACACGGGGACUUGAUAACACUGCCACUGUCUGAUUCACUCACUCACUGGCUGGUCUACAUAUUCCCAUCUUGCUUGAAACAUGCAGCAAAUUUAUCCUACUACCAAAACCAUUAUUUGAAUAUUUUGGUAUCUUUAUAAGUAAAACAAGAUGGGAAUGUGUCAACCAAUCAGUGAGUGAGCGAGAGCAUCACUGAGUGUCCCCAUGUCUUCACCUGCUUCAGUUGCUGUCACACACUUAAUUCUUUCACUGCUAUGGUCUUUUUACUAACAAUGAGACUGCUGUAAAAAUGUGAAAAAAUGUUUGCAUGGAUACAGAAAGGAAAAAAGAACAUUUUUUUAAGGCCACAUAACUAUUCAAGAAACAGCACAUGAGUAAGUGUAUAUAUAUAUAUAUAUAUAUAUAUAUAUAUAUAUAUAUAUAUAUAUAUAUAUAUAUAUAUAUAUAUAUAUAUAUAUAUAUAUAUAUAUAUAUAUAUAUAUAUAUAUAUAUAUAUAUAUAUAUAUAUAUAUAUAUAUAUAUAUAUAUAUAUAUAUAUAUGAAUAAAAAUAAUAAUAAUAGGUGGAUCUAGAAAGAUAUUUGUGUAGCAGUGAAAAGGUUAAUGAUGCACAGUACAGUUGAGAAAAUAGAAAUGGCUUGGUAUAUUUUCUUACUUAGCCGAUAAAGUGCAAUUUUAAAACAAUUAAUAUUUUUUUAACUAUGCAAAGAAGUGUGAACAUAGAAAUAGCUUGGUGUAUUUCUUUCGUAAACCCAUAAAGUGCAUUUCUAAAGCAACACCUAUUUUUUUAACAAUGAAAAAAAAAGAUGUGUAUAUAUUCUUAGCAGGUCUAAAAGAAGUGUGUAUAUUAUGUGCCUUAAGACAAACAUAUGAAGGUUUGGCUGAAGAAAUAGGGGAUUUGUAUAUAUUUUUUUAUUAUAGCUUAGGUGAAAAGAAAGAGUUUAAUUAUUAUCAUUAUUUUUUGUGUAGAUGAAACACUCAUAAACAGUGUUGAGUGGAGAAAAUAAGAGAUGAGUUUAUAGGAGUUUAUCAGUGUGUGUGUGUGUUUGUACUGAUGAAACACAAGCAGUUUUGAGCAAAGGAAAAGAAAUUUAUGAGUGUUUUAUCAAUAUAUAUUUACAGAACUGAAACACACCAGUAGUUUUAAGCCAAGAAGUGUUAAAAAGUUUGUCUAUAAUAGAGUCCAUCAGUGUUUUCCUUCAUAGAUGAAACACACUGCAAACCUUGAGCCUAGCCAGUGUUAGUGUUUGUUUAUGUGUGUUCUUGCACAGUUAAAACUUGCAGUAUGUUUUGAGCAAAGAAAUGACAGAAAGCUUGUUUAUGAAAGUGUUGAUCAAUCCGGUCUUCCAUACACGUAACAUUCAAGCAGUUUUGGGGCAAGAGAGUGUUACACUUUGUUAUGGGUGGUUGUCAGUGUGAUCUUCCAUACACAAAAUACUUGAGCAGCUUUAGCCAAGAAGUAUAUUAAUAGUGUUUUCAUUAACUAUGAUAUUAUAUGUUUAUUAUAGGUUUAUGUAGGUAGAAGACACCCAACACAAACAAUUUAAUUAGAGGAAAGUUUAAUAAAGUUCAUCAGUUUGAAGGUUUAUUAUUAUUAUUAUUAUUAUUAUUUUCUAUUUAUUUAUUUUGUUUUUUUUGUUAUUAAUUUGUUUAUUUUUUUGCAUAGACGAAACACACAAAGAAAGAAGAAGAGAAAUAUAAAGUUGUUAUUUCUUUUACAUAUUUCUUUAUCUUGUUUAUGUAUGCUUAGACGAAACACACAAAGAAACAAUAAAUUAAUCAAAGAAAUAUUAUAAAGCCUAACAAAACAUUUGAAGUCGUAGUUUAGUGCCAAGAAGCGUCUAAGGUCAGGCCAGGUCACACACACACACACACACACACACACACACACACACACACACACAGGGCGGGGCUGGGAGGAGUGGGACGGGGCAAAGAUACGUAGGUAGAAGGAACAAGAUCAAGAUUAUUGUGUUUUGUAGGAGUCCAUACCACAAAGUUGUACUAUUAGUGUGUUUGCUGUUAUGUUUAAUCGUCUUGUUCCUGCUAGCAGGCUGUAGAGAAAAGAAAUAAAAGAAGGGAUAAAAACAAAAGACGAACGGACAUUGCCAACAGAGAAUAUUUGUUUUCGUAAAAUUGUCACAAGAAAGGUUUGUUUGCAUCUGUGUGGGUGUCUGCAGCUGUGUGAGAGAGAGAGAUAUUCAACCCCACACAGAUUCAGUAGCUCACAAAUUCGAAACUUCAAAUAUUCCCUGCUUCACUUCCUUGCCCAAAUCAGCUCCACCACCAGCACUACCACUACUGCUACUACUUGUGCCUUAAUAAUGAAAAAAAAAAAAAAAAAAAUCAAUGUGCUUAGUUUGCCUGCUUUUUCUUUUUCCAAUAUAUCGGGACCAAUCAAGCAUUAUAAAUUAGUUUACACCUGUAUUCCUUCGCUACAGGUGUUGUGGAUCAAUUAGUGAAGAGUGCAAGUAAUUUUGUUGUGAAGUUUUUGUUGUUUUAUUUGAGAGGAAUAAAGAAAAAUUCAGUAUAAA